UGCGAGUAUUGCUGUCAUGGCCUAUCAAAAUCCAGCACAGCAGUGGCAAAAAAAUGCACAAAAAGCUGUAACAGGAAGUAGCCCCAGGACUCCAACUUUGAAAUUCUUAGCUUCCAGAAAUAAGCGCCAUGUAAAACGUCUUGAGAGACGUAGACUUUUUGACACUGAGAAGAAAAAGAGAAAUAUGAGGAAAGCAGGACAUAUUCAGCAAGGUGGGGAUAUUUCUUAUGGUGAUUUUCCUGAGAAACCAGACCUAUCAGAUGAAGCAUAUGAAUUGGCAGCUAAAAAUUUUUUUAUAUCAAUUGAAGUUCCAAAAAAAGAUUCUCUUGAGGCCGUAACACGUGGACAGUCAUCAUCUGAAAGAUGGCGUCAUGAAAGAUCAAGAAGAAUAUCAUCAUCCUUUUUCAAAGAUGUUGCUGAUAGGCGUCCAACAACACUCAGUGCUGCUUUAGUGAAACGUAUCAUAUAUAAUGAUAACGUUUCAACUAAAGCAUUAAAGUAUGGCUUGGCUAACGAAGCAGUAGCCUUAAAUCAAUACAAGGAAAAGCACAUGGGAAAAAACAUCAGACGUUGUGGCCUUUUUAUUGAUCCUAAAUAUCCCUUUCUUUGUACUUCGCCAGAUGGAUUGAUAGACGAAGAUGGAUUACUUGAAAUAAAAUGUCCUUAUACAGCCAGAUUCUCAGCAGACUUGUCAGACUUUUUCAGCAAGCCUAAUUCUGUUGGUCUUCGGAUGGAUGCUGAUAAUAAUCUUUAUUUACCGAAAAGCCACAAAUAUUAUUUUCAAAUUCAAGGGCAGUUAGCCAUAACAGAGAGGAAUUGGUGUGAUUUAUAUAUAUGGUGCAGAGAAGAUGCAAUCACAUUAAGAAUACCCGAAGACAAAACUUUCUGGAUCAGUUUAGUUCCAAAACUCGAAAAAUUUUACGUGAAUUGUAUUCUUCCUGAGCUUGUUGAUCCAAGAGCACCAAGAAAAAUGUCUCUUAGAGAACCGAAGUAUAUUGUUGAUGCUAGAGCACAGAAUGAGAAACAAAAAAAACAGGCCACUGCUUCUGGAGAAGUAGUUUCUUUACCAGAUAUCACAAGAGAAAUGGUUGUCAAAGCAUUUUACAAUCAUUGGAUUAGCAGAUUUGUUGUGCCUAGUUCCAUAAUCUCAGAUCAAGGAAGACAGUUUGAGUCGCAGCCUUUCAAGAGCCUUGCAAAA